ACGCCAUUUUGCUAUUAUUACAGGAGGUUGUAUUAUCUUUCGUCAACAAUGUAAUGCUCGAUAUGGAAUGUUUGAUGGAUUUUAACAGUGUUUGUGAUGUUUGAGGCCAAACUUGGCGGAAUAUAUACAAAAUAGAAUAAUGGAGGAGCCUAACGAGACGGUCAAUGUCGUUCCCGAACUCUACUUUUUGAUCGCAAAAUUUCUCUCCGGGGGCCCGUUGAAAGAGACUGCCAAGACUUUGCUGAAAGAAUUGGAGAAUGUAGAGGUACUGCCUCGUCGAUUGGACUGGGAGGGCGCCGAACAUUCGCAGUCCUACGAUGACUUGGAGGCGCAGUACGGUGAAGUGGGCGCUGCACGCCUGGCAGACGUGUGCCGACGAGCGCUACAGCUGGCACCUUCACGCCAGACGCCUCGCGCGCGGCUCUCUCUACUCAGCGAGGCGCUGGUACGCGCCCCAGAGGCGUGCAAAGAGGAAAACUCCCUGGUGCGAUUGUUAGCGGCGCGGGAGCGGGGGGUUGGUGUGCACGUCGCGCGGGCGCCGCGGCCGUUCCCCGCGCGCCUGUUGAGAGGCGUGGCGCUUCAGAGGCGUACAUUGGGGCAUUUGUCGGCCGUGUACUGCUUGGCGGUCGAGCGCAGUGGACGCUUCGUGUUGACUGGUGCUGAUGAUUUGCUCGUCAAGGUAUGGCGUACGGAUGGUCGGCUGGCUGCGACGCUCCGCGGCGCCGGCGCUGAGAUCACCGACGUGGCUGCCACCGCCGACGGCGCGCUGCUGGCCGCCGGCUCCGUGGAGCGCCUCGUGCGCGUGUGGUGCCUCGCCAGCGGAGCCCCGCGGGCGGUGCUCCACGCGCACCAGGGCACCAUCACCUCGGUGGCAUGGGCGCCGGCGCCGGCCGGCUCCAACGGUCGACGCCUCGCCUCAACCAGCACUGACGGCUCCGUCGCCUUCUGGACGUGUUCCGAAGACGGCCAGUUCACGCCCCGCCCUGUCCAGUUCGUGGAGAGACUCCGACCUGGUGCAUGUCAUAUGUUGUGUGCCUCCUGGUCGGCUGGAGGAGCAUUCCUGGCCGCGGGCAGUGCUGACAGGCGCGUCCGCGUGUACGCGCUGGGCGGGCCGGAGCCGCGGCGCGUGCUGGAGGCGCCCGCGCACGCCGACGCCGUGGACUCGCUGGCCUGGGCGCACCGCGGCCUGCGCUUCGUGUCCGGCAGCAAGGACGGCACGGCGGCGCUGUGGACGCUGUUCGCGACCCAGUGGCGGCACACCGUGCUGCGGGCGGGCGCGGAGCGGCUCAAGGUGACCAUGGUGUGCUGGGACCGCAGCGACGCGUUCGUGGCCACGGCGGCGUCGGACUGCUCGGUGCGCGUGUGGUGCGCGCGCAGCGGGCGGCAGCUGCGCGCGCUGCGGGCGCACCGCGACGAGGCGUACGUGCUGGAGGCGCACCCGCGCCUGCCGGGCGUGCUGCUGUCGGCCGGCCACGACGGCCAGCUGCUGCUGUGGGACGUGCGCGACGACGAGCCGCUGGCGCGCUUCCGGAACGUUAUUGAUGGACAGGGUGAAGGAGCCGUCUUCGACGCCAAAUGGACCCCAGACGGCACUGGAGUAGCCGCCUGCGACAGCCACGGCCACCUCCUCCUGCUGGGGCUCGGAGCUGGACCAGCACUGCUCCGGCGUCUUCCCUCUGAGCUGUUCUUCCAUACCGACUACCGCCCAUUGGCAAGAGAUGCUCUGGGCGGAGCUCUCGAUGAGCAGACGGAGCUGCCCCCCCACCUGAUGCCGCCGCCGUUCCUGGUGGACGUGGAGGGGGCGCCGCACCCGCCGGCGUUCCAGCGGCUGGUGCCGGGGCGCGAGGCGCUGCCGCCGGAGAUGCUGGUGCCUCGCUCGCGGCUGGACGCGAUGAUCGAGGCGCUGGCGGAGAGGCGGGCGCCGGAGCCGACGUUGGGCGCUUGGAGGGGGGAAGGCGUGCGGCACACGGGCGGCGCGUGGCUCGGCGCGGACGUGCCGCCGUGCUCCCGCCCCAUCGUGCCGCCCGCGCCGCGCUCUAUACGUGCCGAGCUAGCGGCCGCGGCACAGGAGCUGCACGCUGCGGAGCUGGCCGCGUACCGGCGCGAGAUGCGGCGCCGCCCGCUCAUGAUCAGCACUGCGACGGAGCCGCGCCGCCGGCCCGGGCGACGGCCGCGUGCGCAUGCAGCAGCGCACCCGCCCGCGCACCCCCCCGCGCCGGCGCCCGAGCCGCGUCUGCAGCUAGAGUUGGCGGCGGCGGCGGCGGCCGAGUUGGUUGCCGACGAGUCGGAGGAGUCGGUGCGACUGUCGCCCGAGCGCUUGUCCCGCUCGUCUCGCUCGUCCCGCUACACCCGCUCGUCACGCUCGUCCCGCUCAUCACGCUCGUCACGCUCGCGCCGCUCAAGCGACGCAAGCGACUCUGACAGCUCGCAGUCUGAGGCGCACAGCGACAGCUCGUCGUCAUCGCAGUACUCGGACUGGGAGGGGGGCGCCGCCCUGGUGCCACCCGCGCGCGCCCGCCGCCGCCCCGCGCCCGCGCACAGGUACAGUCCAUCUGCAGCAGCCGCUAAGCGCGCUCCGCCCGGCCCGUCAGCGCCCAGCACGUCGGGUGCGGCAGUCGCGGCGGGCAGCGCGACUGUCGCACCGGGCGGCGCGACUGUCGCGGAGCUGCCCGAGGCGUACCGCGUGGGCGAGUGGCUGACGGCCGUGUCACCGCGCAAGGCGCCCUACCAUCCGCAGAUGGGUGACCACUGCUUGUACUUUAGACUGGGACACCAGCGGUACUUCGAGGCGGUGGCGGAAAAGGAUUUGUACAAGAUACACGCGCGCGACCGGCCGUGGGAACACAUGCAACUUUACGAGUGCGAGGCGGUUCAAGUGGUUGGUAUCAAGUACGCGAUCAAACCGCCGCGCGUCGUGUGCCUGCGACUGUCGCGUGCGCGCGACGGUCGCGCCUUCACCGUGCGCUACCACGACAUGCCCGACGUGAUCGACUUCCUGGUGCUGCGCCACCAGUACGACGCGGCAGUCGCGCGCCGCUGGGGCGACGGCGACCGGUUUCGCUGCAUGAUCGACGACUCGUGGUGGACGGGGCAGGUGCUGGAGCGGAUCACUCCGCCCCACGGCGCCGCCGCCGCGACUGUCGGCGCGCCCGAGCAGAGCUGGGCCACAGACGCGGCGUCGAACUUCCUGUCUCUGCGCGUCCGCUGGGACAACGGUGAGGUGGAGCGCCUGUCACCCUGGGACCUGGAGCCGCUGGACCCGGAGCGACUGCCCGCCGAGCCGGGCGGCGCCGUGGCCGUGCUGCCGCACGAGCUGGAGGCGGUGCUGGCGCGGGGCCACGAGUGGCCGCCGCACGCGUGCCGCACCAUCGCGCACCACAUCUCACAGGUGAUGUCACUAUCUGUGGCGGAACCCUUCGUGGCGCCGGUGGACUUGCAGCUUUACCCCUCGUAUGCGCUGGUGGUGCCCUACCCCGUCGACCUGGCCACCAUCCGCGCGCGCUUCGACAACUUGUUCUACCGUCGCGCGGCGGCGGCGCAGUUCGACGCGCGCUACCUGGCCACCAACGCGGAGCAGUUCAACGAGGCGCACUCGCCCAUCGUGCGCCAGGCGCGGCUGGUGAGCGACCUGCUGCUGCACAUCGUCGCCGACUGGGAGCGCGUGGACGUCGUCGGCAAGUACCACGAGCUGGCUGCCGCCUACCAGUCAUCGGACGACGACCGGCCGGCGCCCGCGCGCUGGGAGCACGCCUGUGCAGCGCUGCUCCGGGAGCUGAGCGCCGCGCCGGACGCGGAGCCCUUCCGGCGGCCGGUGUCGCCGUCGCAGGCGCCGGACUACGGCGCGGUGGUGCGCCGCCCCAUGGACCUGGGCACGGUGCGGCGCCGGCUGGAGGCGCGCCAGUACGCGCGCGCCGACCACGUGGCGGCCGACGUGCGGCGCGUGUUCGCCAACAGUCGUCUCUACAACACUAACAAGCGCAGCCGGAUCUACUCGAUGACGGUGCGCCUGUCGUCGCUGUUCGAGACGCUGUGGGCGCGGCUGCCAGCGGCGCGCGGCUGCCGGCGGCGCACGCGGCGCGGCCCGGGGCGGCGCGCGGGCCGGCGGCGCGCGUCGUGGCGCAGCUCGGAGGGCGAGCCCCUAGCCGCCACCUCGCGCCGCGUGCACGCGCCCGCCGCCGACGACUCCUGGGACAGCGACGUGCCGCUCACCUCGCACCGGAAAGGCAAGGGCGUGGGUAAGAAGAGCAAAAGCGCUGCUUCAGCGUCGUCCAGCAGUCGCGCACCGCCCGAUGGCGCUGGCGUCAGCACUGGCCGCGUGACGCAGUCAGAGUCGGACGACGAGCUACUAGCGUCAGUAUCCGCCUCCGCUGCCGCGUCCGCUGCAGCGACCGCCUCCGCGCCCGCUCCCACCACCAACGGCGCGUACAGCAGGCUACGGGCGGACGAUGACGCCAAUUCGGACUACGAGCCGCGCCCCCGUCGCAAGCGGCGGCGCUCGAGCGGCAGCAGCGCGCGGCCGCGGGCGCGCGCGCGCGCGCACUCGUCGUCGUCGUCGGGCUCGGGCUCGUGGGCGUCGGGCGGGCGGCGCUACGAGUCGGACCGCUCCUACCGGCCGUGCUCCACGGACGACGACCGGCCGCUGCAGGCCUACCGCGCCGGGCCCAGCGUGGCGCUGCGCCGCCGGGGCAGCCCGCGCCGGUACAACGAAGACAGUGAGGAGGACUCUGCUGCUGCUAUCAGCAAACGGACACCCCACCACCAGCGCCUGCAACUGCAGCAGAACAGGCGCGUGCUGCAGCGCAGUCGGCACGCUGCCGCUGACCACGACUACCUCAACGGCCACAGCCACCACACCCCGCCCGCCGGACCCUCGCCCACUGCUGGGCGGUCUCCGCCUGUGAGCAUAUCGUCGCGAGGUCGAGUGAGGAAACUGACUGCGAAAGCGCGGGGUCUCUUACGACACUGAUCCCAGCAUCCUCAAACACCCCCUGACAUCUCCAAUACUCCCAAACACAGCCACCACACCCCCUGAUACCACCCAAUCUCAGACCAAUUAUUGUAUAGGACCUGCCUCGCUAGACGUUAAUUUUCUGUCAAAGUAUAUGAUCAACGAUCUAAUGCGAUUAUAAAAACUGUCUCUAUAGUUUCGAUGUUUCAUUGUUGUAAUCGUGUUCGUCGGUUAAAGAGCUCCGUUAAAAUACUUUUUUGUGUAAUUGAAUGGCGCAAAAAAACGGGCAAAAACUAUCUAGCUUAGUAAAAGAUACAUACCAAAUCUGAGCUCGUUUUCCUCAGAAAAUUACAGAAAAUUUCGUUUGUGAAUAUGGGUGCGAUACUGGUCUGAGCACCCAAUACAUCAUAUAAUUAUCCCCCACAUCCCCCGAUACCUCCCAACACCUUCUGAUACUUCCAACACCCCUGACACCUCAAACAAGCCUCAAUAGCUCAGCCGUAAGAGUAAUCGGACUCAUCACCAAGGGGUGGUGGUUUUAUCCCCGUUGGACUAUUGUGGUACUGGUACCCACUCCUAGUACAGUCUUUCUACUGUUUCUAGUACUGACUAGUUGGAGGGGAAUGGGAAUAUUGGUUAUAUUUAAAAGAUAUGGCAAAUAUUAUUUUAAUAGAAAAAAAUACCCCCCGAAACUUCCAAUACCCCAGUCACCUCCAACUUCCCCUGACCGCCCCCAUAACCCCCAAACACAUUAUCCCCAACAUUUCUCUAUACCUCCCAACACCCCCUGACACUUCCAAGACCCCUGACACUUCCAACUUCCCCUGACGCCUCCAACACCCUCCGAUAUCCCCUGACUCCUAUGAAUAUACUUGUAUAUUUUGUAAAUAAUUUCUAAUGUGUGUACCUCACAUCCAGACGUAGUGUAUUCGUUACGGACGCAAUUUUGUGUACAUACGUCUAUGGACGCAGUUUUGUGUGCAUACGUCUAUGGACGCAGUUUUGUGUACAUACGUCUAUGGACGCAGUUUUGUCUACAUAAGUAUAGACGCAGUGUUUAUGUCUAUGAAGGCAUUUGUGUACAGUCUGUGUAUAGUUGUUAAGGACAAUGGAAGCUCGCGAAGCAUCUAAUAGUUUUUUUUUAAUUUUAUAUGUCACCCAAUUCGAACUUAAAUUAAAUAUAAGAUUAAAUAAUCAUUAUUUUAUUUAUUAUGAUAGAUGGGCUAUCUAACACUGAAAGAUUUUUUCAAAUCGGACCAGUAGUUACUGAGAUUAGCGCGUUCAAUCAAACAAACAAACUCUUCAGCUUUUAAUAUUAGUAUAGAUAAAUAACAGAUGAGGGUAUAUAUUUUUCAUGCCGACUCUUGUACUAUGACGUAUAUAAUUUGUCUAUACUGGAAACAUUGACCUCUUGUAAUAAAUGGACGCACAAUCAUGUAGAAAAUUUCACUUCAAAACUAAAAGUAAAAAAAAUUAUACCUAAAGGCCUUUGAAUAUAGUCCAAUAUUCGAUAAAAUCCCAAAUUCAGAGCAAAUUCAACCUUAAAGAUUGAGUUUAAGGUUAAAUUUGCAAAUACUUGAAUUGAGUGCCAAAAAGUUGUGUUUGGCACUCAUUGAGUGGGGACGUUUUUUGGUCGCUGAUUGUGCAUCCACUUUUUAAUAAGAGAUCGAUGACUGGAAAUAGCAUAUCGCUCUCUCUCUUUUGUUGCUAUAGGAAGAAAGAGAGAACGAUAUGUAGACUAAAUUAAACUUAAACCCAACAUACUCCAAUAUGUCUCGAUGGGUUAAUCUAUAGGUUUUUAAUUGUAUUUAUGUUUAUUUUAAAAGACAACAAUACAUUAUUUGUUUUUAUUUUGAAUAAGUUUUUUUUUUUUAAUUUAAAACUAAGUGUAAAUAUAUAAAUGUAUAAAUGUGAUCUCUCUUGUAAUUGUAAUGUAAGGUUAGGCUAAGCCAUUAUGUACUUUACGUGCUCGGAAUAAGGUUCGAUUUGUAUUUAUAAUACGUGUAGUUAGGGUUUGUAAUGAAUUCAUUAGUCGGACGCGGUGACCGGUAUUUUUUUUUUUUUAAUUAAUUUUAGACCAAUUUUUUUCAUCCAUUGCUGGUAGUUUACAUAUUUCGUCAUUUAUUUUUUUGUGAAACUUGCUGGGCCCAAAAUGGCCAGUCUUUUUUUUUAAGAUUAAUGAAAAAUCGUGAAAAUUUCAAUAAAUGGAAACGCGCGGUGAAUGAGAAAUUUUGCCAUUUUUAUGUACCAAUGUCUUUUAUUCAUUUUAGUAAUUGUUAUUCUAUUUUCGGAAAAUUCGUCUUUGGCUUUUUAUAUUGUAGUACAGUGACGUCACAAACUCGUUUGUGUGAACUAAAUGAGCGUAAACAUCGCAAAAUGUUAAAAUUUUUAGUACAUGUGGUAGCGUGAGUCAUCAAUAUCCGUUGCCUGGCAACCUCUGACUGUCAGAUGACUCUUUAAAAUAUUAUGUUUCUGUUUUGCUGACACUUGAACAUGUGUCUAUUUUGCUGACACUUUAGAACAUGUUUCUAUUUUGCUGACACUUUACAACAUGUGUCUAUUUUGCUGACACUUUAGAACACGUGUCUAUUUUGCUGAUACUUUAAAACAUGUGUCUAUUUUGCUGACACUUUAGAACAUGUUUCUAUUAUGCUGACACUUUACAACAUGUUUCUAUUUUGCUGACACGUUAGAGCAAGCUUUUGUUUAGGUGACACUUUAGUUUUAUACACUGUCUGUACCAUUAUUUACAUAAAAAGCCGAAUUUCCAAAAUGGAAUAUCUAUGGCAUAUAACUAUAUUUUUAACAGUAAUUUGCUGACGGUUACCCGCGCGACUAACACUAGUGUAAGAUCCCGGCUUGUAUUGACUUUCGUUUAAAGAUUUUCUUGAGAAAAAUCUCUUAAUGAAGGUAGAUUUAAAUCGGGAUCUUAUACAUACAGUAUGGAUGUAACAUGGCUACAUAGCAUGGCUGCGUUGCUAGGCAACCUAUACACGGGUUAGAGUUUAUGUACUAGUACACCACUAGACCGGAGUUUUGGAUUAACAAAAACUAUUUUUUUUAUCAGUUUUAUAUAACUUAGUCUUAACUCUUAUCAGAAUUUUUUUAUCCUUGGUUGUGGACGCCAUUUUUUAUAAUUAAAAUCUAUGUACAUAUAUAAAAAUAAAUCUUGAAUCUUCCUAAGCGCAAAUCUCGAGAACGGCUGAACCGAUUUAGUUAUUUUUUUUUAAUACUCCUUGAAGUACGAGGAUGGUUCGUACAGAGAGUUAAGGGUAGGGGUAGGAUAGGGUAGGGGCAGGAAAGAAGUGCUCAAAAUUCUAAGCAAAGCUUGACUGGGUUCGCUAGUAUAGUAUACAAAUCCCAUAAAAAACAAUUGAAUGGAACUAUUUUAUAUCUGUUAGUAAUAUAAGUGGUGGCACUCGGGUCUAGCCGUGUACUUGUGCGUGUACAGUUUCGUGUACAGUUGCGUGUACAGUCUGUGUACAGUUGCGUGUUGCGUGCGCGCCGCGUGUUGCGAGCGAACCAAACUGAAUAAAGUGAAUAUUUUGUA